UAUCAAUAAAUAACUCGGCGUACGAAGUUUGAAGAUAGACGGCGUCAAAAGUCAUUUAACGCGUUACCUUGACUCGUGUCCAGCCGUCAGAUCAGAGGCCCGUAAACGUGGACGGCCCACGUUCCUCGACAGGCAAGUAAGGCGUGACAGCUAGUGUAAAACGCAGACCCAGCGCUGGUGCGUUGUCCGCUAAUCAUUAGUUACAGUUAAUUAUUUCAAAUUUUAUUUUUUAUUUUGAAUUUUCAAACCGACCUUUGGUUUUCUUUUUAAUUAUUUUCCACAAAUUAUUCGGCUUCUUUUUUUUUCCCCAUCUUUCCUCUUUGUCGCUUAUAUAUACUCCUUUAUUCUCCGAUCAACAACGCCAGAUCUAGAUUGUUCUUCGAGAGUUUACCGUCUGUUUGAAGUGAUAUUUGCUCAUCUUCUCUCCAGAUCUCAUCUCUACUUUGAAGAUCAGAUAUGGCUUGCUCUAAUGCCUUCCUUGUUUCGCUGCUCGUUUUGGCGGUUGUUGGAUCUGCUUUAGGUCAGGCUCCGGCAGCCUCUCCGACGAAACCCGCCUCGCCUGCGCCGAAGAAAGCUUCGACUCCAGUUGCGUCUCCGACCGCCACUCCGCCAUCUUCGUCUGCGACGCCUCCUACCGCAGCUACUCCUGCUCAGACCCCUCCAGCCACCGCGUCUCCGCCUUCCCCUGGCAUCGCUUCUUCUCCCACCACGGCCACGGGUCCAAGCAGUGUAACUCCUUCAACAAUCGCAUCUCCUGGCGGUUCACCUGCGCUCGCGCCGAAUGCUAACAGCGCUGCCGCUUUGAACAGAGUCGCACUUGCCGGAUCUGCAGCGGCAGCUUUCCUCGCCGCCUCACUGCUGUUCUAAACUCUCGGAUCUGCGGGAUGACGGAGCCUCCUGUCACAUUCGCUGGAUCUGACGAUUUAGGUUUUUUCACUUAGCUAUAUGUUUUUGUUUUUUGUUUCACUUUCGUUUAUUGCUCCGGCUUUGAGCGGGGGCGGUGUUUAUCGGUGGCGAUUGAGGGGAGAGUGGGUACAUUGACUGACCUCGAUUCGUUGUUGACUUAUUGUUGUUCAUUGUUACUAUUUGUGAUGAUAUCUACUACUGCUAUAUUAUUUGUAUUACUCUUGAUACUGUUAUGGAAAUAUCAUUAUAUUUUUACUCUCGAUUUCCCAAUCCCUUGUUUUGAUCCAAAGCAUUAAACUCAAACUGAC